CAAAUUGGUUAUGAAGAAAUGUCCUCGAUUUUAAAUAAAUUCAGCACACAACCAAUUAUUCGAGAAUUAACCGCUGAAAACGGAAUUAAUGCAAAACUUUUCAUUAAAGCAUUCAGUGUUGAUAGCUUAUUUGUUUACUUCCUUACUCAUGCACGUAAAGUGUUUCCGCAUCUCGAAUGUAUGGAAGAUCUUAAAAUAAUAUCAGAUUUAACAAAACCUCAUAAUUGGUAUCCUUUAGCCCGAGAAAUCCAGAGGAAAGUCAUAUUUCAUUGCGGACCAACAAAUAGUGGUAAAACAUAUGAAGCAUUAAAGCGAUUUCGUGAAGCAAAGACUGGUUUCUACUGCGGUCCUUUGCGAUUACUUGCGACUGAAAUUUAUAUGAAAAUGAAUGAUGAUGGAGUGCCUUGUGAUUUGGUGACCGGUGAAGAUCGACGAUAUGCCUAUGGGCAAUCAGAACCAUCUAGUCGUCUUUCUUGCACUGUUGAAAUGUUACCAACUUCUGUACAGGUCGAUGUCGCGGUUAUUGACGAAAUUCAAAUGUUAAGAGAUGAAACUAGAGGAUGGGCUUGGACAAGAGCAUUACUUGGUGUGGCUGCUAACGAGAUUCAUCUAUGUGGUGAGGCAUCCGCAUUACACAUUCUUCGUGAACUGUUGGAUCCAAUCGGUGAACACAUUGAAGUUCAUCGUUAUGAAAGGAAAUCUCCAUUGUCCGUUGAAACGCAUGCAUUAGGGAGUUUAAGUAAUUUACAAGAUGGCGAUUGCAUUGUUUGCUUUCAACGGCGUCAAAUUUACAAUUUGGCAUCCAGACUCGACAGGUUAGGAAUAAAGCGAGCCGUUAUUUAUGGCAGUUUGCCUCCAGGAACAAAACUUGCUCAAGCUGCGGAAUUCAAUGAUCCUAAUAAUCCUUGUAACAUAUUAGUUGCCACAGACGCUAUUGGAAUGGGCUUAAAUUUAAAUAUUAGAAGGUUUUCUUAUACGCAAGACUUAUUGCCCAAUUUUAUGAUUCAACAAAUAGCUGGUAGAGCUGGACGGUAUGGUUCUUCCUAUCCUGAUGGAAAGGUGUUAACAUUCAAUGAAGCUGAUAUGCCUAUUCUUAAGCGACUGAUGUCUCAGCCAGUUGAACCAAUUGUGCGUGUUGGUUUGGCUCCAACCUAUGAGCAGUUAGAAAGUUUUUCUUUGCAUCUUCCAAAUGCAUCAUUUGUAUCGUUAUUGGAUAUUUUUAAAUCACUUUGUUCCUUAUCUGAACAUUUUUUCAUUAGUUCUGUCGAUCAGAUCAAGAAUGUGGCAGAAAUAAUUGACGGAAUGCCACUUACUUUAAAGGAUCGAUAUAUUUUCUGCAUAUCACCAGUCGAUGUCGAAAAGGAACUAAUGAAAGCAUAUUUUAUUAGAAUGGUCAGAAGAUUUUCCACUUCUCAAACAAUAACUUAUGAAUGGUUUUGUAAUGAAAUUAAGUGGCCUGUUCCAGUUCCAACCACUCUUUCUCGAUUGCUGGAAGUUGAACAAAUUUAUGGUAUAGUUGACCUAUAUUUGUGGCUGCAUUAUCGAUUCCCGGGAAUGUUUCCAGAUCAAGAAGCAAUUAGUGAAAUAGAAUCUCAAUUAGAUAAUAUAAUCCAAAAGGGUAUAGCAAAAGUUAUUGAAAAUAUUGACAUUGAAAAAAAAGUGUCAGCUGAGGAUGAUCAAAAGUCAAUACCUGCAAAUGGAAAUGUGGAACUCUCCGAGGAGGUGUUUUUUAAUUUUUUAAUUUUGUUUGUGAAGAGCUAUUUGAGAUAA